GAAUGUGUAUGUGUUUAUUAUUAAGAGAUAAUAAUAUAGAGCAUAAUAAUAAUAAUAAUAAUAUGGAGCAUAAUAAUAAUAAUAAUAUAGAGCAUAAGAAUAAUAAUAAUAUAGAGCAAAGAACAACGAGGCCUCAAUUUGUGUUGUUUGGUUCUUCCAUUGUUCAAUACAGUUUUCAUCAAGGUUGGGGAGCUAAUCUUUCUCACGUGUACGCUCGCAAGGCGGAUAUAGUUUUGCGGGGAUAUGCUGGUUGGAAUUCAAAGCGUGCUCUGCAAGUUGUCGAUAAGGUUUUUCCCAAGAAUGCCCCUAAGCAACCAGAUUUGGUGAUUGUGUACUUUGGUGGUAAUGAUUCUACUCUUAAGCACGAUAGUGGCUAUGGCCCUCAUGUACCAUUAGACGAAUACAAAGAAAAUAUGAGGAAGAUUGCUCAACAUUUAAAGAGUCUGUCAGAAGAUAUUCGCAUUAUAUUUCUCAGUACUCCUCCCAUCGAUGAAGCAAAAAUACAAAAAUUCAGCGGUGAUGAGAAACCCACAAAGACAAAUGAAGAAUGUGAAAAAUAUUCAGAAGCUUGUAUAGCAAUGUGUCUCGAGGAGAAUAUCAAGGUCAUUGAUUUGUGGAAUUUAAUUCAGAAAAAUACUAACUGGAAAAAUGCUUACAUCUGGGAUGAUGGAAUUCAUCUAACAACUAAGGGGAAUGAAGUAGUGUCAAAUGCAAUAUUGGAUGUCCUCAAAGAUGCUGAGUGGAAACCAAGUCUAUAUUGGAAGAAUAUGUCAGCUGAAUUUGAAGAAGAUUCACCAUAUGAUCCAGUUACUCUCCAUUUUAAGCCAAUAAAUAUCUCACACGCACCUUUUCCCUUUCCUCGCUCAAAUAUGUAAAAUCCUUUGGAGAAUCACAUAAUAAUAUGCUUCAAUAAAGAGCCUAAGGAAAGUAUGCUAUUUUUAAAUUUUAAUUACAUGUUCAAUAAUAAAUGUGUCAUCAUAUAAUUUGACAUGGGUUUUCACACCAUGAGUAGUGUGAACUUUUUCUCUUGAUUGUAAUUGAGCUGUUUUAUUCAGCGAUAAUAAAUGUGUGUGUUUUGUUUUAUGUCUUUGGAUAAUUAAUUAUACAUGUUUAUUGCACUAAAA